UUCUUAAUACUUCCGUUACAAUUCUUCAAUUUGCAUUUCAAACAAUGUGCUAUGGAAGUGAAAACAUUAAUCAUAGCAUUCCUAAUCAGUUCAUCUUCUGUACCUACUAGUUUAGCAAAAUGUGAGGGAGAAUACAUGAAACCUAUGAACCUAUGAAACCUGAGGAACCUAUGAAACUCAAGCUGAAAGAGGGCUAGAGAUAUGCAGGAUCUUCCAAACAUUCCCUGAUUUUUAUAUUAAUGGAUUAGUAAACAAAUAAUGGCAAGAAGAAGAGGAUCCACACAAAGCUUUCAACAUACUAGCUAAAACUUUGCACUUGUCUGCCAUGUAGUGGCUAUAAUUCAAAUGAGAAAUUGGGGGCUGUAAUAUUGAGUCCGUUAUAUAAAUGGUAUUAUGAGCUGGGUUAUCUUCCUUUUGUGAAUUAAAGUUUUAGCUGUAGUUAAUAAAUGUUAAGAGGUUUGGUCUAGCCAUUUUUGGAAAAUGACAGAAUACAAGAGGCACGUGGUUACUUCAGACAGAUGUUUUCCUUCAGGUUUCUAGAGAUGGGCGCAAGAGAAACCCUUGACUUUCUUCUAUAUGGCUAGGUCCUGGUGGUUACCCUUGAUCAAGCUCAUGGUAAAGUAAAACUUCAGGAAGUUUACCAGUCCUCCUGGUGAAGUGAAAGAACAGAACAUGAAGCUCUAAGAAGGUGACACUGGUGAAAGAAGAAGAACGAGAAUGAUUACAUAUCCAUAACUCCAGCAGUAUGUCAGGGUAUAUACCCAGUUACUUAGACAAGGAUGAGCUAUGUGUAGUAUGUGGGGACAAAGCCACCGGAUAUCAUUAUCGCUGCAUCACUUGCGAAGGUUGCAAGGGUUUUUUUAGAAGAACCAUUCAGAAAAACCUCCAUCCAACCUAUUCCUGUAAAUAUGAAGGAAAAUGCGUGAUAGACAAAGUAACAAGAAAUCAGUGCCAGGAAUGUCGCUUCAAAAAAUGUAUCUUUGUUGGCAUGGCAACAGAUUUGGUGUUGGAUGACAGCAAGCGGUUGGCAAAGAGGAAGCUGAUAGAAGAAAAUCGAGAGAAGAGACGUCGGGAAGAGCUGCAGAAAACCAUUGGACACAAACCGGAGCCAACGGAUGAGGAAUGGGAGCUCAUCAAAAUUGUUACUGAAGCACAUGUGGCCACCAAUGCGCAAGGAAGCCACUGGAAGCAGAAAAGGAAAUUUCUGCCAGAAGAUAUCGGGCAGGCACCAAUAGUUAAUGCCCCAGAAGGUGGGAAAGUCGAUUUAGAAGCCUUCAGCCAGUUUACAAAAAUUAUCACACCAGCGAUUACAAGAGUGGUGGAUUUUGCCAAAAAGUUGCCUAUGUUUUGUGAGCUGCCAUGUGAAGACCAGAUCAUCCUUCUGAAAGGCUGCUGUAUGGAGAUAAUGUCCCUCCGAGCAGCAGUUCGCUAUGACCCCGAGAGUGAGACUUUAACACUAAAUGGGGAGAUGGCGGUGACAAGGGGCCAGCUGAAAAAUGGGGGUCUUGGCGUAGUGUCUGAUGCCAUUUUUGACCUGGGCAUGUCUCUUUCUUCAUUUAACCUGGAUGACACCGAGGUUGCCCUUCUUCAGGCUGUUCUGCUCAUGUCAUCAGAUCGCCCAGGCCUUGUUUGCGUCGAGAGGAUAGAAAAGUGUCAAGAGGGUUUCCUCCUGGCAUUCGAACACUACAUUAAUUACAGAAAACACCAUGUUGCACACUUUUGGCCAAAACUGCUGAUGAAAGUGACAGACCUGCGAAUGAUUGGAGCCUGCCAUGCCAGCCGCUUCCUGCACAUGAAGGUGGAGUGCCCCACAGAACUCUUUCCUCCAUUGUUCCUGGAAGUGUUUGAGGAUUAGAGAGACUGGAGCGGUUCUCCGCACCCCCGUCGCACUACUGGCUGUCAUUUCAUCCCGUUGCCCGACUCUUCUCACCUCUGUUUGUUCCUCUUCUUCUUUCGUGCUCUUCUGUUUCUUGAGGCGGGGUUGGGUUUUUGUUUGGGUUUUCUUUUGGGGUUGCUGGGGGGCAGUUGUAUACACAUGGAUGAAAACAUCCCCUUAAUGCGGGUACUUGUGACUAUUGCAGUUUGUUCUUCGGUCCUUUGAUGUGAAUGCUUUGGCAGCUUAACAGUGAAAAUACAAACAGACCAAUCUCAUUCACCAGCACUUGCGUGGUCACCAGCUCACACACAUCAUUGCUUGGAAAAUAUGGGAGAGAAAUUGAAGUGGCAGAAAAUAAAUUGGCCUCCAAGUUAAAACAGCUAUUGUUAAUUUGACCCUGGCAAUUCUGUCUAGUAUUACCUCAUUUUGCAGGGCACAAGUGACCAAUUCGUGAGAUGAAAUUUCUAGUCUUUAUGGUUGUUUGUAUUGUGACAGUCACCAUUAUGAUCUAGGAUCUUCAUCAUCAUCAUGAUCCCAUCAUUAUCUGAGGAUUGUUCCAACAGAUACAGUUUAACUGUGCCCCAUAAAUCAAGUACUUAAAAUAAUGCAGAGUGUUAGAAGGGACUGACUUUUUUUUUUUCCAUGUGUAUAAGAAAGUAAGAUCCUUCAGUUCUUACUACAUUUGAACUCCAAGUAACUUCACUGGAAGGUCUGUUGGAGUAAGGAGGGGAAUUUGGUCCUCUGAGGUGCUUUUCCAGAGAAUGAAGUCUGCUUUUUCUGAGGUGUGUGGAAAACUUGUCACUCUGAGGGAGAAGGCUCUCUGUCAGGAUAGCAGGCUUUCCUCAGAGUUAUUCAGGGGUAUGAAUGCUCACAGAAUGAGGACAAGGAGAACGAAACGUUCAGGGUGACCUUCAGAUGGGACAGAAACCAACUGUGUUAUUAAUGACACUCAAGACUGUACAGCUUUAUCCCAGUAAUACAGUGUUGCUUGGCAGUAAUCUUUUGUUUUUUAUAUAUAUAUAUAAAGAUUAUAUGCACGUAUAUAUAUAAUUUUAUAUAUAUAUAAUUACAAAUGUUCAGCAGAUGUCUUAAACAUAUUUCCGUAUUUUUAUCUUCUCUCUCUCCUUCUCUCACCCUCUCCUGUGUGAGUAUGCGUUUAUGUGUGUUGAUCAGCUAGGUUCUCCCUCCUUGGUGUCUGUAUGUGUUUCAUUUGGCUAGAUUCUCUCUUGAUUCCUUUAAUUUAUUUCCACUAACUGCACUAGCAGGAACCGAACUGAGCAAUGACAGGAUGUCCUGCUGCCGAAAUCUGCAAGCCAGUACUCACAGUCCUGGAAUGUUUGGAGGCCGGUGAUGAGGGCAUUAUAGCUAGAGGUUCCUCUCUGUCAUCCAUCCCCAUUCAGGGGUGUUGUCCCUGGGUUUUAUAAACUUGAUAUUAAACCAUUCUCUGAAUUUGUAUGAUCCAUCAAAAGCAUCCUUCCGUUCUUCCUGGGAACCAGAGACUUAGUUCACGUAUUUUGCACUUCCUCAUACCCCAUGUUCUUUCAUGUUAUGCAUUCAUUUGUACCAGUUUCUUUCUCUGCUAUUUAUUGAUAUAUUUGCCUGGCAAGUCAGUGGGCAUUGUUAGAGUGGAUGUGUUGACUUUCAAAGCUCAUGGCCCAUAUCUAAACCCAUAUGUUAUGUGUUUAUCCCUUCAUGAAAACAUGAUACUCAGGAAAACUUAUCUCAUAGGUGGAACACAAUAUGUGUGUGUCAGGGGUUAAAUUCUUUCCACCCCUUUUUCCCUACAUCAUUGAUAUAGCAUUUGGAGUGUUAUUGGCUAUGUUUUCAGGGGUGUGGAAUCUUGUCCUCCAUGUUUUUUGAUACCAUAUGCACCUGUGAUAAGUUGUGAGCACUGAUGUUAUCACUUAGGGGUUUGUACCCAUAAUUUUGUGAGAACAUAAAACACAAUGGGGUGUUCAGGGGUUUUUUGCAGGUAGCAAGGAAGACAGACCAUUGGAAAUUUGUUCUUAAAUGUUUUCUGAAGUUCAGGAGCCUCUGUUGUGGGCUGUGUUUGCUCCAUCUUGAAGCAUACGUGUUAACAACAUCAGUCUAUCCAAAUUCCUUGUAGAGCACUAUGUCUUGGGGACAAGGAGUUAGAAACUUUCUAGCUUUUUGGAACAAGAGGCCAGGCAAUGUGAUGAACUCACAUGUACUCAUGCAGAAUCUCAGAUGAGGAGCAUCCAUAGCCAGUAAAGAGUGCUAGAUACCUGAUUUAGGGGUGGCUUGAUAGGGAACUGAUAGCAUAUAGGGAAAGCAGAAAAACAGCUGAUCCAUUAUUUGCAUCUAUACCCACAGUGGCUUGCAAAGAAAAGAGAAAUGUGCAUGUCUUUUGGAGUUCUAUCCUGCCUGGGAUCUGAGCAUGGAGUGCCUCCUGAAGCCAGCGCAAGUAUCUCACCUGUUCGCUAAAUGUGAGCUUAGUGUACAAGCUUUUCACUGUGCUGUGGAUGAGACCCAGGAGAAAAAAGUCACAUUUCUCCCAGUAGUAUUCACAAUGAUCUCACUACAAGGUCCAUGGUGCUUCAUGUAUUUUUCAGAGCUUCAGUUCCUGGAGUUGUGCUGCUGCUUAAGAAGUUCAGUCUGUCAUUAACAUCAAGAAUUCUUACCCUUUGGGCUAUAAAGAAAAUCAGUAGCCUAAAUGUUAAUUAUUUAGGUGGGAAGUCACUACUCAACAGUGACUUAGCACGUAACUAUUGGGGCCCUCAUAACUGGCUUUUGAACACUUGGGAUUGUCAAGACUGCAUUAAUCAAAAAAUAAAUAAAGAUCAGAGGUUAGAAAAAACUGUGAGAGUUACUGGAUUGAUUUGGGGAAGCAGCAAGACAUGAAAGAACUUGAAAUACCCUGGACAGAACUGCAGUUUGAGACAGUGUUGAGAAUUAACACUUGGCACACUGGCUGCUGUAAAAAUCAUUGCUUAUACGGGAACUUGUCCCCCAAGGUCUACCAUGGCAAGUUACAAAGUUUUAAAACAGCCUUCGUAAAUGGAUGUCUGAAUUCAGGCACGUAAGCUGCAUUUAGACAUCCGAGCUAAUGGCCUGACUUCCCAAGAUGCUGAUGCAGUUUGGAGUUGUGCUUAAUCAGGGUUCAGAAAAUCAGGCCUCCUUCCUUAGGUGAUUGCAGAUGGACUGAAGUGCCUAAAAUCAGGCAACCAACUUUGACAGGUUUGGCAGUGCUUUACGCAGAAAGGACAUAAUGUCAACAUGCUUUUCUAAGCUUUAUAGAUUAAGUUGAAGUCUGGCAUUAAUUAACAGAGGGGGAUUAGUAGUAUUCCUCAAUUGAAAACUAAGACCAAGCUCUUAGUUUGACAGAUUUGAUGUACUGACAUCUAAUGGCCUCUGAUCUCCUACCAGUCUUAUUUUGUGUGACUUCAUUGACUCCCUCAGUAUGACUCCUGAUUUAUGUGAUCAUGAGGGCAAAACUAGAUCACAUGAGGAUACUUUUGCAGACUCUUACCAGUGGAUACUGACCUUAGUUCUGCAAAGACAUACUUGUUUUUAAAUAUCAGUGGUCUCAAGCCAUUGUAGGCUUGAGCCACUGGAUUGACCAUCUGAGUGGCAGACAUCAGUACUACAGUCAGCAGCCUUUGUAGUAACUGGCCUUCUGAGUGAAAUAACAAACGUGCACUUUCCAGUACAGUCCAGAGUCUCGUUUCUGAUGGUGCCACGUAACUCUCAUGUUUGCUUUAUGGUCUACGUGUGGGUCUUACAUAGAAGAUUCUUCCUGUCAAACCUGAUUGUCACCAUUCAUGGUUUUGCCCUGAGUAACACAUGCAUUUAGAUAUUCAUUUCAUGUGUAAUCUCAGUUAAGUUAUGAUAUUUAUAAUGACAUACAUAGUGUGUGAUAAUGAUUUUUGUUUACAUUCUGCCAAAAUGUAGACGUUAGAGUUAGACCUCCAGGUCCCAAAUCAUCCUUGAGCACGCUGCUUGCUUCCUCAGAGGCAGGCAUCAGAAAGAGGAAAAAACUGUCCAGAAAGACCAUUUAUAUCAGUAAUCUGCCAAGACAGGGCUGUUGAUCACAAGCGGAGCAUGUCGUUGCUAGUGAUGUAUUUUUAUGCUAUGGAACUCUAACCUGUAUGUGUCAUAUUGACUUCUUGCUGCAUGAAUCAUAAAUUAUAAAAAUCAGUCUUACGGUUUUGAGAUGUAGCCAGCAUUCCUAAGGCUAAACCUUUUUCAUUGACAGAAUCAAAAUCCACAACCAAGAAACGUAUUCCUCUCACUGUGAGAGCAAUUGAAAGUGUUCAACAUUUAUCUUUUCACAAAGGAAGAGGCGACAGGACCUCUUAAUGUGUCUUGUUAUUGUGAUCAUCUGGAAAUGAUUGCCAGACGUUUCCUUUUGAUACAGCAAUGAAGUGAUCCGUAUUUAAAUUUUAUAGAGAGAAUUUUAUUCUAGUGUGAUAGAGAUUUAUUUUCCACUUAAAGACUCAAAACGGUGUGAGCACAUUUUUUUACUGCGGUAUAUUUUUGCUUUAAAAUUAAAAACAAAAAAAAGGUUUGGCCUUAUCACAAAGUUUUAGUGUGUCGUAUAGAUGUUAGCAAAUGCAAAGAGUAUGCAUUAUUUGUGUGUAUCCACAUUGACUGAUGUCGCCUUCAAAAAGCAAUAUUGUGCAGGUAAUAAGUUGUUUGUGACUGUCCAUUGCACAGUUUACCUUCUUUAAAAGCUAACCUUGUUUAUGCACAAGACAAUCAAAUGUAAAUCUACAUCAGCACCCGGGUGUAGAUUAAAUUUAUGUAAAUUACUGAGCACAAUGUAAAACAUUAAAAGACACUUUAUUUAAUUACACAUUUAAUGUUGGUAAAGAUAGUAUCAGGGCAUGAACUAGCUGACAUACUGUAAUUUCUUUUUCUCUUUUCCUACUUCCUUAGCACUCUUCAGUUUUAGUUUGCUCAUAAAUACAUCAAAUUAGUCAUUCGUAAUUUUUUUUAAAAGAAGGGUGGUUUGGGUUGUUUAUUUGUUUUUAUGAAGUUGGUUGGGAGGACUUCUUACUUUGUCUAUGAGGUUUGUGGGUUUUGCUUAUUUGGUUUAUUUUUUUAUAUCAGUUUCGUGCCCUGAGGGUAAGGCAAACAUUACACCGUACGGUAAAAAACAAAGUACCUUGGAUGAUGUAUUUUUUUGCAAACAGUGUUAAGAGUUAUGCUAGAUUGGUAAUAUUUUUUCAGCCUAAAAUAUAUUAAAAAAAAAAUCUGUGAUCACAAAUGUUUUAAACUAUCUAAAGAGAAAAUUUGUAUAUUUGGGGGAAGAAAAUAAUUUUUACAUAGCUUUUGUAUGCAGAUAUUAAAAUGUAAUUAUGAAUAUAGUGGGCAUAGAUAACUGUGUAAGCUUGAAUUCUAAAAAAGAAAAAGCUUAUAACUGAAAA